AUGCCAGUUCUUGCAGGAAAAGAAAUUACUUUGAAUGGGCUCGGCCUGAUGCGCUUCACCCUGCGCACCGGCGAAAGUCUGCCGCAGGAGGAAAUCUUCAAAGUGCUCAAAGCCGCCUUGGCUGCUGGAGUCAAUGUUUGGAACGCUGCCGACUUCUACGGCACCCCUGAGAAUAACUCGCUGCACUUGAUGAACCGCUAUUUCACUGCCAACCCCGAAGAUGCCGACAAGGUCGUUCUUUGCAUCAAAACCGGUCUUCUUAAUUUAGCCCCGGUGAAAAUGGACUGUUCAGCUGCGGGGCUGCGGGGCUUUCUCGAUAAUGCCCUCCGUAUCCUAGACGGAAAGAAGAAUAUCGACAUUCUUGGCUGCGCACGGAUUGACCCGGCCAUCCCAGUCGAGGAGAGUGUGAGGGCACUAGCACAAUUCAGAGAGGAGGGCUUAAUCGGUGGUAUUCAACUGACAGAGGUUGGCCCCGACACGAUCCGGCGAGCUGUUGCGGUGACCAAGAUUGACAUGGUCGAAGCGGAAAUCAGUCUGUGGGCCACUGAUGUCUUCCAGAAUGGGGUGGUAGAGGUUUGUGCAGAGCAUGACAUUGUUCUGGAAGCGCAUACUCCCUUGGGAGCUGGCAUGUUGACCGGUAAGAUCAAGAGGUUGGACGAUUUGCCAGAGAAUGAUCACCAUCAAGUCGAGAAGCUAGCAAAGGAAAAAGGGUGGACGACACCCCGGCUUGCUUUAUCUUGGAUCAAAACAAAGAGCAAGCUGCCUGGGAUGCCAGUGAUUGUCCCUAUUCCCGGAGCAAGGUCCGUGGAAAGGCUGCUAGAGAAUAGCCAAGACAUUCUGCUGGCAAGCAUUGAGUUGGAGGCGAUUGAUACUGUUUUGAAACAAUUCCCAGUAGCUGGUGCUAGGUUCCCUCCUGCUGCACAGGCAUUCAACGAAUACUGA